AUGGGGGGGGGGGGGGGGAGGGGGAGGGGCUCCUUCGGGACCCCCCCCCUCAACACCCCCCCACCCACCCCGGGCCCGGGACCCCCACCCGGGACCCCCCCCCCGGAACCGGACCGGGACCAGAACGGGACCCCCGGAACUGGAUCGGGACCCCUGGAACUGGAUCGGGAGCCCCAAGAAGGAAACCGGGAGCCCUGGAACUGGAUCGGGAUCCCCGGAACUGGAUCGGGAUCCCCGGAACUGGAUCGGGAGCCCCAGAACUGGAUCGGGAGCCCCAAGAAGGAAACCGGGACCCCCGGAACUGGAUUGGGACCCCUGGAACUGGAUUGGGACCCCCAAGAAGGAAACCGGGACCCCCGGAACUGGAUCGGGACCCCUGGAACUGGAUCGGGACCCCUGGAACUGGAUCGGGACCCCCAAGAAGGAAACCAGGAGCCCUGGAACUGGAUCGGGACCCCCAAGAUCGAGACUGGGACCCCCCUCCUGGGACCUCCCAAGAUCAAGAUGGGGACCCCCAGACCUGGACCGGGACCCCCACCCAGGACCCCCAGACCUGGACUGGGGACCCCCACCCAGGACCCCCCCCAGAACUGGGACUGGGACCAGAACGGGACCCUUGGAACCGGAUCGGGACCCCCAGACCUGAACCAGGACCCCCCAAGAAGGAAACGGGGACCCCCGGAGCUGCAUUGGAACCCCCCCCACCGGGACCCCCAAAACCAGAGCGGGACCCCCUGGGACCACCCCAAGAUCGAGACCAGGACCCCCCAGGAACGAGAUUGGGACCCCCGGAGCUGGACCGGGACCCCCCAAGAAGGAAACGGGGACCCCUGGAAUUGGAUCAGGACCUCCAGAACCCCCCCAGGACCCCCAGAACCAGAUUGGGAACCCCCCAAGAACAAGACCAGGACCCCUGGGACCCUCCUGAGACCCCCGGAACUGGACCAGGACCCCCAAGAAUGA